AUGGGGGACAAGAUCGUGCGGUUCCAGGUCAGGGUGGAAGAGGGCGGUGCGAGCUGGGGCGUGCACAUGGUGGCGAACGGUAUUGUGUGUGGCUUGGAUGUGAAUACGAGGAACCUGAAGAUUGUCGAGGGGCUUGCCUUGAGCGGCGGGUUGUUUCCGGCCGUGGAGAAGGGGACGUGCCAGAUCCCGCAGGAUAUCGACUUGUCGGGCUGGCUCGACGUCGAGACGACUGCAAAGGGUGACUCCGUGUCUGUUUCCAUCAAUGGCCGAGAAAUCGCCAGUGUUCAGGACCUCAAGGUGCGACCUCUACUUGGUGGGUCGGGAAUGAACACCGGAUCCGUCGCCUUUGGCGGACCAGCCGGCUGGAGCGCCGUGUACCGUGCCCUCGCCGUCACCGACCUUGCGGGCAAGGAACUAUACACCAACGAGCUGCGCGACGAGGAACCCACCCUUUCCGACUUCCAGGUCGGCACAAACCACCUCUCCUGCACCGUCGACGGCGCCAAGAGAGACCGCGCCUGCUUCGGAGGAGACCUCUACGUCAUGGGCCGCUCGGUCGCCUACUCCACCGCCUUCUUCGAGGCCGUCAAGGGCAGCAUCCAGCUCCUCCUCAGCCACCAGACCAGCGACGGCUACAUUGGCAACCUGUGUCCCAUCCAAGCGCCCGAACACGACGGCCCCGACGAGCCGCCGACGUACGCUUUCUACUCGUUGACUUACGGCCUGCUCCUCGUCGUCGCGGUCAAGGAGUACUGGCUGCACUCCGGCGAUCACGCUGUAGUGCAGAAAUACCUGGAGAAGCUGAAAACAUUCAUGGCCUUUGUUGAAAGCAUGGCUAGAGAGGACGGUUUGGUCGAAGCCCCGCCUCCGCUGUCUAGUAAACGACCCAAUCCUCACGCCCCACUACCAAGCCAUCGAGCAACGCCUCGCGACAGCUAUCCCCUCAAAACUGCGAUGCCAAUCGACAGGAAACUUCCCCUGGGCUCGAACCUCCCCUCCACCGGCUCCUGCCUCGACGUCCUCGCCUACGCCAACACCCUCAACCUCGCCACCGACGCCUGCGCCACCCUCAACACCCGGCUCAACCAACACCCAAACCACGCGCCGCCCGCCUUCCUCGAUAUCCCGGGUUGGGACGCCUCCGGCGUCGUCAGCCCGUACUCCACCGGAUUCGCCGUCGAGGCCCUCUUCGCAGCCGGUCAAGCGCGGCGCGCUCUCGACCUCGUCCGCGGGGUCUGGGGCCCCAUGGCGGACCCCCGCGGGCCAAACUACUCGGGCGCCCACUGGGAAGCCAUGCGCGCCGACGGGACGCCCUUCAACCACGACGUCUCGCUCGUGCACGGGUGGUCCACCUGGCCCGUCUUUCUCCUACCCAAGUAUCUCGCGGGUCUGCGGCCCAUCGAGCCUGGUUGGAGCCGGUUUGCCGUCGAGCCCGUCUUUGCUGGGCUAGAGCUUGUGGAGUGCUCGCUCGCGACUCCUGCUGGGUCGAUCCAUGUGGAACUGCGCGUUAACGAUGUGGUAGGUGCGGCGGACUUGACUCUUCGGGUACCGGUUGGUGCCGAGGCGGUCGUGAAGGCGCCUGUUGGGUGGGUGCUGCAAGGGAAGCUAAUGUUUCGGGCUCGGAACACGCGCUACACAUCGCGAUGA